GACGCUAACAUUUGAUUGAUCCUAUCGUAUCUCGUAUUCGUAUCGUGCAUUUUGCAAUUCUUAAACUUCAUGCAGCUAAUCAUCCUAGUCACCGCCCGAUAAGUCCGAUAAGUUUCUUGCCCCACGAAAUGUCGAGGGAUUGAUCGAAGAAAGAUAUCGAACAUGGAAGAAAAAUAGAGCACGUUGAAUUUUAAACUCUGUCCCCUUAAAACUUCAACGUGUAACUCGUAGUGACUUGUUAUUUCCUUAUUUCUCAUUCGAAUCAAAAAUGAUCAAAGUUCCAUUCGAACGGUCGUCGUUAAAAGGAAAAGCCGAGUCUAGUUUACAUAAUUCGAACAUUUCCAGUUGAGAUUGUUCGACGAUAUUUAUUAAAUAUCUAAAUCAUCGGGUAUCACACUGACACGUAUGCACGGUCACGUUCCUUCUUAGAAAUUGCAAUCUUUUGCACGCAAAACGCUUAUUAAUAUAGAUUCUUUCCAUUUUCACGAUUUUCCAAAUCACUCGCAACAUCCAUUUUACAAUACUCUCCCAUCGUUUCGAUAUUACAAUUAUUAAAUUAUACGUCGUGUUAAAUGGAAUUUUGAUUUCAUAAUCCUCCUCGGCUUCGUUCUUCAUCGACAAUUAGAAAGAAGGGGCCGGUGACUUGAACACGAGGAAGACGAGGCUUGCGCGUAGCUUCCCGCGGUGCAACAAGUUCGGCGCUCGGUUCAUUGACACGGGGCGUCGAUGCCGGCAGGAGAACGACGACGUGGACGACGACUGCGGCGCCGGGGUAGCGUGGCUCGUGGCUGUCCCUCGGAACGACACACACUCGACGUCGGGACGCCAUCGUCGAAGGACGCAUGAAUAUGUAUACCAUCUAUCCGCUCUUAUCUCGCGCCCGAACCUCGCCUCUCGUGGACCAUCCAACCUCCAACCUCCAACCUCCUCUUCUCACCUCCCCCUUUUCUUCCUCAUCUCGCCUCCGAUCGUAAUGACGUGCCUCUGAAAAAAAGAACGGCACGUCAAGUGGAACAGUGUUCUUCUCUUCUCUUCUCUCUUUUCCUUUUUUUUUUUUUCUUUUCCUUUUUCUUUUUUCGCUUUUCACGAAAGUUCUCGUUCAGUGAGAGGGAUCGACGGUGUGUUGAACUUGUGAAAGAAAUUGAAUUUUCCAGUGCGUCUAAAUUGGACUCGUAUCGUAUUUUGAGUACCUUCUCUAACUGUGAAUUCUCGUGCAAAGUUCGUGACCUUAACUCUCGCUCCUCGACGAGGAGGGCAUAAUUGAUCUCAUCGAAGGAGAGAGAGAGAGAGAGAGAGAGAGAGAUCUCCUCCUCCUCCUUGCUCUUUACUCGAAGAGAUUUCGGCGUAUUGUUCAAUCGGGUCCUCCUCGAGGGGGCGAUCGAUCGAUCCGCAGUGGACUGUAGCUACAAAAUAAAAGUGCAUCGUAAGCGGAGAGAUCGAUCGGCAAAUCCCCGGCAAAUCACGCGACACGUGGACUUUCUGGCCCGCGUGUAUAUAUAUAUAUAUAUAUAAAGAGACCCUUUCGUUUCUGGAAAAAUAAUGGGAAGAAGCCGUCGAAUCCUGGAGGAGGGAAAUUUUCAGGGAGAGACAUCGAUCGUGUAUCGUUGAGAGUUCGAGGAGAGAGGGAGAGAAGGUGGCGGCCUUGCGCCGAUGAUCGCCGUUGAAAAUCAGCCGAGUUUGCGUGCCGGCUCCAGCCUGGGGCAGGUCGAGGAGGCAGCGGGCGAGGGAGGCGGCGGCAACGAGGCUGGUGGACCCGCUACCUCACCAGAGGAGGGGGUAGGGAAGAAAGGUGUGAUGAGCAAGGAGGGGCAGGAGGAGGAGGGAAAGGAAUCAACUGGUCAACAAGCUGCAGUAGCUACACCUAGCGGCGCUCCCGCGAUGCCUGUUGGGGGCGCUCGAGGCAGCGACGACGACGAGGACGAGGAGGAGGAAGAGGAGGAGGAGGAGGAGGCGUUGGGCGAGGAGGAGGAGGAGGAGGAGGACGUGGAAGUGGCGGAGGGUGGCGGAGCGGCGCAGGAGGCGGUCGGUGGCGGUCUUGUGGCGGACGAUGGUGGGGGUGGAGGCGGCAUGGCCGGCUUUUGGAGGCAGAGCAGACCCUCCAGUCCCCGCAUGCCGCCUCCGGAGCAGCCGGAGCACAGGCCUAAGAGCCGACACGAGCCAGCUCCCGCGAGAUACAACAACCUCGGCUACUGGAGGGCCAGGAGAGUCACCUUCUAUAAAAAUGGCGACCCGUAUUUUCCUGGCAUCGAGUUCAGGUUUAAACCUGGAAGGGACAUCGGCUCGUUGGAGGCGCUGUUGGACAGGCUCUCCCUCCGGAUGGAUCUGCCGAGGGGGGCGCGGCACAUCUUCUCCAUGGACGGCGACAGGAAGCUCACCCUGGACGAGCUCGAGGACGGCGCCUCGUACGUGGUAUCCAGCUACAAAACGUUCAAGCCGGCCAGCUACGGGAAGAAGAGCAACACUUGGUACACGAGCCCAACUGGAGGAGGCAGCAGGGGCGGAGCGGGCGGCGGGGGAUGGCAAAGCAGGCCGCCGGCGGUGGCCAGCCUCAGCAGGAAGGCUUCCAUCACCGACGAAGCACCACCACCCGGUGGCGGCGGUGGGAAACCUUCUUCGGGACGAGUCAUACGAAUCGUUAACAACCACGACCACACCGUACAGUGUCGUGUCUUGUUGAACCUUCGCACCUCUCAACCGUUCGAGGAGGUGUUGGAGGACCUUGGACAAGUGUUGAAGAUGAAUGGGGCCAAGAGGAUGUUCACAGUUUCAGGUCAAGAGGUAAGAAGUUUCUCCCAGUUGAGGAACGAAUUCGCUGAUGUGGAUACUUUUUAUCUGGGCACCGGGUCAGGGAUGAGUAUGGUGGGCGGCGUGGCCGCGUCCCCGGCAAGGAGGUCGAGAUCGCGCGGACCACCGACCGUGGUUGAGGACAUCGGCCGCCAGAGGCGCGCCCGCAGCAAGAGCAGGCCGCGCGCUUUGUACGCCCCUGAUUCAGACGUCGUCCGAGUAAACGAUUACAGCGUGGUAGAGGUGUUGAGGGACGAGCCGGCAAGAGUGACGAUCCGAGGAUUGAGAAGAUCGUUCUAUCCGCCCUCCCACCUGCCCCCGGUCGACAAUUCCCCACCCGAUAAGAAGCUGCAACUCGAGUGGGUUUACGGUUAUCGGGGUACCGAUACCCGGCGAAACCUGUGGGUCCUCCCAAGCGGGGAACUCUUGUACUACGUCGCUGCCGUGGCUGUUCUCUUCGACAGAGAGGAAAAUGCACAACGGCAUUACGUCGGCCAUACGGAGGACAUCACGUGCAUGGAGGUUCAUCCGAGCAGGGAGCUGGUGGCGUCCGGGCAAAAAGCGGGCAGGCACAGAAAAGCGCAACCGCAUGUCCGCAUAUGGUCAACAGAGACGUUGCUCACUCUCUACGUGUUCGGGAUGACCGAGUUCCAGAUGGGCGUCUCCGCUCUGGCGUUUUCGCAGCUGAACGGGGGUAGUUACGUGUUGGCCGUGGACGCUGGCAGGGAGGCGAUACUCUCGGUGUGGCAAUGGCAAUGGGGCCAUUUGUUGGGCAAAGUGGCGACUAUGCAGGAGGACUUGACGGGGGCAGCUUUCCAUCCCCUCGACGAUAACCUGCUCAUCACCCACGGCCGAGGCCACCUGACCUUCUGGAACAGGCGCAAGGACGGUUUCUUCGAGAGGACGGACAUCAUCAAACCUCCGUCCCGCACGCACGUGACCAGCAUCCAAUUUGAACAGGACGGGGAUGUCGUCACGGCGGACAGCGACGGUUUCAUCACCGUUUACUCGGUGGACGCCGACGGCGCCUACUUCGUCCGAAUGGAGUUCGAGGCGCACAACAAGGGGAUCAGCUCGCUUGUCAUGCUGUCCGAGGGCACGUUGCUGUCGGGCGGUGAGAAGGACCGGAAAAUCGCCGCGUGGGACUCCCUGCAGAAUUACAAGCGCAUCACGGAUACGAAAUUGCCGGAAGCGGUCGGUGGGGUGCGCAGCAUCUAUCCACAGAGGCCCGGGAGGAACGACGGGAAUAUAUACGUGGGAACGACGAGGAACAACAUUUUGGAAGGAUCUCUUCAGAGAAGGUUCAAUCAAGUGGUGUUCGGGCACGGGAGGCAGUUGUGGGGCCUUGCCGUGCACCCUGACGACGAGGUGUUCGCCACGGCGGGCCACGACAAGAAUAUCGCCCUCUGGCGCAGGCACAAGCUUUUGUGGACGACGCAGGUGGGUUUCGAGUGUAUAUGCAUAGCUUUCCAUCCUUUCGGGGUGGCUCUUGCCGCGGGCUCCUCCGAGGGUCAUCUUUUGGUGCUCGCUGCGGAUACAGGGGCUGCUGUGGCAACCCUCAGAGUGUGCGGCUCGCCUUUGUCGUGCAUCGGCUACAAUCCAACGGGGGAGAUCGUGGCGAUGGGCUCGCAGAACGGUAGCGUGUACCUGUUCAGAGUGUCGAGAGACGGAUUCUCGUACAAAAAGAGCAACAAGAUCCGUGGGACGCAACCGUUGGUCCAGCUCGACUGGAGUUCAGACAGCAGAUUCCUUCAAACGGUUACCCAGGACUACGAUUUAGUAUUCUGGGACGUGAAAGCGUUGUCGUCCGAGAAGAGUCCGCUGGUGAUGAAAGACGUGAAGUGGUAUACCCACAAUUGCAUGGUCGGAUACAUGGUGUCCGGUAUGUGGAACAAUCGUUAUUACCCGUUAACGACCGUUUUAACGACGUCCAGUCGAUCAGCAGCGCACGACAUGUUGGUCAGCGGCGACGCGGAAGGCUACCUGAGGCUUUUCAGGUAUCCGUGCACAAGCGCCAAGGCCGAGUACAUCGAGGAGAAGGUGUACAGCUCUCUGGUGGCCUGCGCCAGAUUUCUUUACAACGAUCAGAACGUGGUCACCGUCGGUGGAACCGACGCCGCUCUCAUGCUUUGGGAACUGGUCGACGAGUAGAAAGAAGAAGAAGAAGAAGAAGAAAAGACUCCUACCUCUUCUCCUAGAUAUAUUUGCCUUUUGUCUUCUCCGUCCACCAUCGGUUCAGGAUACUGUGUAUCCAUAUUUGAUCGUGGAACCUUUCUUUUUUCGCCGUAGGAAAAAAGAAAAAAAAAAGGAGAAGAAAACACGACAAAACACGUGUGGUAUCUCUUAACGUGUUUGGAUACAGUUCAACAACA